AGUCUCGACGCUCGAACCUGCAAGGAUCGCUCGCGCCUUCUAGACAGUAGGUGUAGUGGUCGCAGUGUGUCAGUUCAGUCUCAGAAUCAGUAAGCAGUAAAUCAGUCAGUUGGCAGCAGAAGCAGCAGCAUCAGAAGCUACAAAACUAAAUAAAAUCAGAAGAAGAAAAACCAGUUAAUCCUGUUUUGCAAAGUGUACAAAUAUAUCCUUCCAAAAAACUAAAUAUACACAACAACAAGUACGAAACAAAGAAUGACAACGACAGUAUCAACGGGAGCAACAGCAGUAGCAACACUUCGAGAGACUAGCCCACCAGUAGAUGGACACGAAGAAGCACGUCUUAAUGCUGAUUCCGAUGACGGGUCACACGGAUCUCAGGAUCCCGGGAAAAUGUUCAUUGGUGGUCUCAGUUGGCAGACAACUGCAGAAAACCUCCGCGACUAUUUUGGUCGAUUUGGAGAAGUGAACGAGUGUAUGGUGAUGCGGGAUCCGGCAACAAAACGGGCUCGUGGGUUCGGAUUUAUUACGUUUGUUGAUCCGUCCAGCGUUGAUAAGGUGCUCAAUAACAGGGAACACGAGCUCGACGGCAAGAAAAUCGACCCAAAGGUUGCGUUCCCGAAGCGAACACAAGCCAAGUUGGUCACCAAAACGAAAAAAGUAUUCAUCGGAGGUCUAUCAGCCACAUCGACUCUUGAAGACAUGAAACAGUAUUUCGAGACAUAUGGAAAAGUUGAGGACGCAAUGCUAAUGUUCGAUAAGGCCACACAGAGGCAUAGAGGAUUCGGGUUCGUCACAUUUGAUAGCGACGAGGUAGCCGAUAAAGUGUGCGAAAUUCAUUUUCACGAGAUUAAUGGAAAAAUGGUGGAAUGCAAAAAAGCACAGCCAAAGGAGGUCAUGCUUCCGGUGCAAUUAAACAAGUCGCGGGCUGCUGCGGCCAGAAAUUUAUAUGGAAUGCCACCAGAGACUCUGCUCGCCUACGCACAGUACUUGCCACGAUUUGGAGGAAAUUUGAUGUAUCCUAACUUUACAAAUGUGUUCAACAACAUGCCAGGAGGCUAUUCCGGUCUGAGUACUCCAGGUGGUUCAUCCAAUCGUCCACCCCAUCAAUUUGACACUGCAAGCCUCUACAGCCUGAAUAAUGGUGGACAACUCUUGGAUUCACAAGCACAAAUGUUCAUGAAUCAACAGUCCUACCACAGUCACAGCAAGUAUUAGAAGAUUCUUUUUUCUUAUUGGAUUAUCGGUCUUUUUCAAAUUUUUUUUCAAUUUUUUCCUGCACCCCCACCCAUUUUCUUCGCGUCUGUUGUGUAACAAAAUGUAAAAAGUGUGAAUAAGUACAUUUGUGAGUAAGAGAUUCGGAUAGUGUUUCUGAAUCUCUUAAAAAUUAGACCAUGCUAGACUCUACUCGCUUUUUUGCUCCAUUUUCUAUUUGCUCCGGUGGAUACCUUAUGGAUCCACCACCAUCCACCAUCAAUCAAUUUUCUCUGUGUUCCAUCCCUUUCAGAAAGUGUAGAAAAGUGUGAUUCAAUCGCUUCUAGAUGGUUUUCUUUCAGUAGACGCCCCUCGCCCCCCUCUUCUCCAUCCUCAAUUUACUCAAGUUUUUUGCGCCCCAUCCAACCGACCCAUUUUGUCCAAAGUCUCAUGAGGAUCACGGACCAAGCCCCCCCGAUUUUUUUUGCAAUUGCUCAAGAGAGACUUUUGACAAUGACUUUUUCUUUGAAAUUUCUAGAAAAAUAGAAUAAUAGCCCCCAACCAAUUUGAUCCCGGUGUUCGAAAACUGAGACUUUUUUUUUGUUUUCUCCCUGUGUCUUUUUGCUCCUCCUUCUCCAACAUCUUUUCCCUUUUUUUAGAGCUAGAUUAUUCAUGUAAUCUUGCCGAAUAUAAUUUUUAAUCGAUUUUUUGUCUCCUUUUUCGGCGUCAUAUUUUACUCAUCUCUUCGCAAUCCUCAAUUUUUAAUUUUUAACCCAAAACUACCAUAAUCUCUUCAAUUUUUUUGCUGAAUUAUAUAUGUAUUUUCACCAUUUUGUUCUCUUUCUCUCAUCCUCACACCAUCUUUUUUGUGAAUCUACUACUUUUUAAUAUUUAUCUUUGAAAUCUUUGCGUCGAUCGCACCCCCAUGUUUCUUUUUAUUUUAAAGAAUUAAAAUUUUUUUUUUUUAAUAUUCGAUUUAUUUUUAUUCGAAUUUCCUCUCUCCCACACUUUCCCCAUUCUCACUCUUUUUUCGAAUUGCAUGAAUAAUCAAUAAAAUGCA